AUGAAGGGUUUAGUUUGUGUACUAUUGCUGCUGGAAACCUUUGUGUUUGCUGUACAGCAGCAAUUAGAUGGAGGACUCAGUGAGAAUGAGAUCAGUCCACAGCUCAGCUCUGAGGACAGAAGACAAAAUCCACCUCAAAAUGACACUUUGAGAACUGAAACUUCAACAGACAGCCAACAAAACUACCAACUGUGCUUCCCUGACAUCCACGCAGCACUGAGAGAACUGACCGCCAUUGUUACAGAGCAGAAAGCAAACAUCAGAGCUUUAGAGACACAACUGAAGGAACAACAUACGUUUAUUUUGGAAGAGCUGAACAAGAAAAAUGAAGAAAGGCAGAUAGCUUUUUCAGCUGCACUGAUGCAAACUGCUGGUGGAACUAUUGGUCCUUUUACCGCUGACAUCACACUAACCUACAGGAACGUCUUCACAAACAUAGGGAAUGCCUACAACCGAAUUACAGGUAUUUUCACAGCCCCACUAAAAGGAGCAUACAUGUUCAGAGUCUCUCUCUAUGGUGCUGGUAGUCAUUCAACUAGAUCAACUGUCUUCAUUGUUAAGAAUGAAGAGCGUGUGGUUGUAGCACAUGGUCAUCAGGCUGGAUAUGCUGUAAACUCCUCGAAUGGAGUCGUGUUGCUCCUGGAGGUUGGAGAUGUUGUCUAUGUGAGACUUUCGUCUGGCAGGUGGAUAUAUGAUGACCAGAAUAACCACAGCACUUUCAGUGGUUACUUACUGUUUCCCUUAUAG